AUGGCUUUUAGCCUCGGCCAUAGGAAGCUGGUGCUUUCUGCUGUCAUCAUCCUGCUGGUGUUUUAUAUGUUCAUAUCCUACACCGACCCUGUCAAGGUGAUGACUAAUAUUUACAAGACAGACGAAUCACCACGUCUAAGUCUUCUGAAGUCCACUCAACAGAUCUCCAUGUUAAAAGAAGAUAUUAGCAAAACAUAUUUAAGUGCAGCUAAUUCAACGGCAAACUUGCAGCAUCAAUCAAUCAACCAAUCUCUGGAGCAGAACCAGACUGAUGAUGACAGGGCAGAGACCUGGAGAAACAACCAGACUGAUGAUGGCAGGGCAGAGACCUGGAGAAACAACCAGACUGAUGAUGGCAGGGCAGAGACCUGGAGAAACAACCAGACUGAUGAUGACAGGGCAGAGACCUGGAGAAACAACCAGACUGAUGAUGAAAGGGCAGAGACCUGGAGAAACAACCAGACUGAUGAUGAAAGGGCAGAGACCUGGAGAAACAACCAGACUGAUGAUGAAAGGGCAGAGACCUGGAGCAGCACAACACUGAGAGCCUCAACAGCCUCUUCAGCUUCCUCACAGCCUCUGCUCUUUUCAUCUUCAAGUUGCCCCCUCACUGAAGAUUUGGAUAUGUGGUUUAUGGCAAUGCCACCUAGACCUUACAAUUCGUGCACUUGUGUCGAUCACUCUACAUUCUUCGAGCACCGCUUCCCCACAGAUGAGUACAAGGAGCUGAAAAGCCGCCGAGCCAAGGAGUUUCAAAAGCACAAAGCCAGGACACAAUCUGUUUUGUCUAAACUGCUGUUUGCUGCUCCCAACUCUCCUCUACAUUACCCCAUCCAGGGCUUCACUGUACGACCUCUGACCCCCACCGUUAUACCAGGUUUGCAGCUUCAUGCAGAAGAAAGAAAGAGCUACAGGGUAACCUUAAAGGUGACCAAAGGAGUGCUGACCACUAAAGCUCCACCGGAACAUGUUAACGUUGUUGGUACUGGUACGAAUGAGCUGAUUAUUGAGUCUAACAACAAACAUAACUUCAGCUACCUGCUGACAACAGUGACAUAUACGAGCACCAUCUACCAUGUAAACACCGGAGACCUUGUGUUAUUCACAUUCGAGAACCAUGAAGCCGUGUUUCCCAUUACCAUCAGAGAGCCGCCAGUUCCAGUGCUGUAUGACAUGGGGCAUGAUAUCAAUUCUCAAGUCACCAUCAUCACCAAGACGUUUCUUCGGUACUCAAAACUCAGGGUGUUGUUGAGCAGCAUCCGUAAGUUCUACAGCAAAAUCACCAUCAUCAUUGCAGAUGACAGCUUGGAGCCACAGAAGGUGACUGGAGAGAACAUCCAACACUACAUCAUGCCUCCUGCGCAGGGCUGGUUCGCAGGCAGGAACCUUGCAGUCUCCCAGGUAACAACCAAGUACUUCCUGUGGGUGGAUGAUGAUUUCGAGUUCACAGAGAAUACGAAGAUAGAGAAGAUGGUGGAAGUGAUGGAGGCAGUUCCAGACUUAGAUGUGCUGGGUGGAGCCAUGAAAGGAAGUCGGCUCUCCUUCACUGUCUUGUAUGAAGAGGGAAAUGAAAUUGAGGGGGGUUGCCUUUACAGAAAAUCUGCAGGAAGGUUCCAGCCACUUCCUGGUCACCCAGGAUGCUUUCAUGUCAGUGGAGUGCUAAACUUUUUCCUUGCUCGUACUGAUGCCGUAGAGAAAGUGAGAUUUGACCCCAAGCUCCAAAGAGUAGCCCAUUCAGAGUUCUUCAUCGAUGGUUUUGGCUCACUGAUGGUUGCCAGCUGUACCCAUGUCACGAUUAGUCAUCAGCCUAGAGGAGGAAAUACAGCGAGCUACGGUCGUUUCCGUCAUCCUGGAAAAAAGGAUGAGAUGAUGAAAGAAAGACUUCACUUCUUUAAAAACAACCUGAGGUGUAUCCGCUAUGGAUAG